AUGGCUACCACGCAGGACGUCCCUGUCAGUGGGCAUCCGCCCAUUGUCCCCAAGGACUUCACCGCACAGCAGCCGGAAACUGUCCGCCUUUACCCCCUGUCGAACUAUACCUUCGGCACAAAGGAGACCCAACCCGAAGAGGACCCUUCGGUUCUGGCAAGGUUGAAGCGCCUUGAAGAACAAUAUGGCCUGCAUGGAAUGCGACGCACCUGCGAGGGAAUCCUGGUGUGCCACGAGCACAACCACCCCCAUGUGCUGAUGCUGCAGAUUGCCAAUGCAUUCUUUAAGCUGCCAGGCGACUAUCUGCACCACGAGGAUGACGAAAUUGAAGGUUUCAAAAAACGUCUGAAUGAGCGCCUUGCACCUGUGGGAUCUCAGUUCUCCGGCGAAGGUGUUAAUGAUGACUGGGAAAUCAGCGACACACUUGCGCAGUGGUGGCGACCCAACUUUGAGACCUUCAUGUACCCGUUCCUUCCUGCACAUGUCACCCGCCCCAAGGAGUGUAAGAAGUUGUACUUCAUUCGGCUCCCGAAGAAGAAGGUUCUGUCGGUCCCAAAGAACAUGAAGCUUCUCGCUGUGCCGCUGUUUGAGCUGUAUGAUAACACUGCUCGCUAUGGCCCUCAGCUUUCUGCCAUUCCCCAUCUCCUGUCGCGAUACAACUUCGAGAUGGUCGAUGAGAACGACAACAUUGUUGCUGUUACUCCUGGCACCCCGUUGCCUGCUGGCUACACUAUCCCCCGAGUCAUCCUUAGCGGUGAUGGCGCAGGCGACGGACAGGACACUGGUAUGACUGGCGUCGAGGAGGGAAUGAAGAUCGAAUCUCACCAGUAG